GAGGGGCAGCCGAAGGCUUCGAGAGGGGUCAGCCCACUGGAUGACAUUGAUGUGGAGUGGGUCACAGAACAUGCCAAGAAGUGUCCCGCAUGUUACCAGGAGGUCUUUGUAUUCUUGGCCUGUUUUUAGUAACCCCACCUGAACUCUCCAAAGAUGCCCAAAAUGCAUUAAAAAGGCUUAUAUUUGCCAUGGAUAAAUACAUAACUAAGGGAAGAUUGUGGGAAUUGUCAGAGGAGGAUGUGACUGAUCAAGUCACCCUGCAUAUCUGCUCCAAAACAAAGAAAACUGUCUGCAAAACAUUUGAUGUGAAAGAUCCAAAAAGUUCGGCCAAGCCAGCAGACUGGAAGUAUCAGACAGGUGUCUCAUCAUCCUGGCCCAUGGUGACCUGCUCUGUUGAGGUGGAUGUGCAGAUCCCUGUGUCUUCUGAUAUCACAGACAAGUGCAUGAAGGAUGGUCUUAGGAGGUGGGCUAAACAGAUUGAGGCUGCUUACUGUCUCAUAAAUGGCAGACAGGCAUUAGAUGACUCUGAACUCUCAUCAGGACAGAAAAAGAACCCAAAAGCAACCCAUCGUCAGACACUGCCAGCACGGAUCUUUGUCACUGAUGAACAGUCAGAGCUGGAUGAGCGGAGCAGUGCUCUGGUUCAGGUGUGCAGUGGCUCCAUGAAGGUUCGAGGGGUGGUUUACUGCAGGGCCUACAUCCACAACAACAAACCCAAAGCCAGACAUGCAGCACAGGCCAUUAAGAGAGACAUCAUAAACACGGUUUGCUCCAGAGUGGAGAUGUUUCUGGAAGAUCUUUUAAUAAAUGAAGGGAGUCACAAAGGUCUGUGCAGUGGGCAGCAGGCUCUUCCUCGGCGUGUGUUUGCACCAAUGCCCAUCUCCGGCCUGUCUGUGUGUGACUACAUGUUUCCAGAUGAAAGUACAGCAGAUGUGGCCGAGCGUCUGAAAGAGAUGCUGGACUGCGAAACACCAGAAGAGAACAUAGAUACUGGUUUGGAGGGCAAUCAAUUAUUUUCAGAUGUUUUUGGAUCAGAGAUAACUGACAGCCCCAGUGAUGAUUGUAGUAAGCAUGUCUUCUCAGAAGUCCAAGCUGAAAAUCCUAAAACUCAGAAAGCCCCUCAAUAUUAUGCUGGUGUGGCCGUAACAGCAGCCAUUGCUCUCCUUGCCACAGCCACAUCACUACUGUAUUUUAAUGGAUGACAAUGGAAAUAGCAAAUAUGUUUGUAUGAGUGAGUGUGUAAGUAUGCAUAAGUGAGUGUAUGUGGAUUACUCCCUUAUAAUCAGUAGGUUUGGCUAUUUGAGUCUAGACAAAUCUUAAUGUUAUACUAUACAGUGACAAUCUAGAGAAUGACUGUAUGUCUCCAACAUUCACUGCCGGAUCUCACUGAUGCCAUUCUUCUGAAAUUAAAUGUUCAUCAAAAGACAAACAUCAGUGAGGUCUGAUGUUGGGUGAUAGGCUUUGUUCAGACUAGGGCCACACAAUUAAUCGAAUUUCUAAUCGCGAUUACAAUUAUG